GAUUUCAGAGAAAUUUCGACUACAUGCACAAGAUUCCAAGGCGGAAUUCUUGGCCAAAUAUGUUUCUUCGUUUAUGCAAACGCCACUGAUCGAAGGGUCUAUUCCUUCUCAUACUCGUUACGACAUUCUUUGUCUAAUCUUAAGUUUAUCUGAAGCUCCACUUCAAACCGCUUAUAUCCCACCAAGAUCAAUUUUCCAAGAAAGACCAAAUAAGCCUCAAUUCAAAGUGGCAGAUAUUUUUCGGGAGGAACCUCUGACAGGCCUACACUGGCUCAAUGGAUUAGGGAGAAACUGGGAAAUCGAACUGUCUGAUCCCAUGGAAGAUGAUACAAUGGAUGGAGUGAAAGAAAUUGUUGAUUUGGAAGGGAAAUACGAAUUGAUACAAGGUUUACAGUCUAAACAGUAUUGGAGACCGGAUUACCGUGAUUGUUCGUACCUAGACGGUCCUUCACUUGCGAAGCAUCAUAGUCAAGAUGCACGAUAUUUGUUCUACGAUCCUACAUCAGUGAAGUAUAUCACCGAGCUUGAUGCCAUACGCGAAGUGUUGUUCAUGUUAUCCGGUCGACCCAGCUUUUUAUUCCAUCCCGAUCCUAAUGCAAACGGAAGAUACAAAGUCAAGCUUAAUGCAUUAUUGAUGCACCUGACCGAAGGAGCGUUUAAAUCCAUUCUAGAAGUCUUCUGCAGCCAUGGGAAUUAUUUGUCAAUGUUGCGGUCAAUUUCCAUGAGGAUAUGCAGAGAAUCUUACUCAAUAUAUGGUCAAACUGCUCAAGCCUUUGCUGCGUCCAUUCUGGAUAUGAUUCUGAGGUUUGACAAUUUGUUGGCAGAUCUCGAAGCUAAAUAUCAAUUGAACAAUUCAAAAUUUCAAGGCCAAGACACUUACAUUUCUCUAUUGCAGCUUCAAAAUCAAAUUUCUUAUCAAUUAUAUGAGUUCAAGAUAUUAUAUGAAUUUUUCGAAAAAUAUCUUUUACAUGAUUUCUUUAUCCAACUGUCGGAUGUUCAAGGACAUUCGGAUAUCCCUUCGUUAAAUGCUCAGCAACCGUUAUCGGUUUCACCACCUCAUGAGUUAGCUUACAAAAUUCUUUCGGGUCUUGUCGAUGAGAUAGUCCGCUACCAAAUUGAAGGGAAUAAAUUAAUGUUCUUGAUGUUUGGAGGACAUCUGGACAAUUCAUUUGCGCCAUUCAUCCGUAUGAUCGAUGAGUGGGUUAACACAGGAGUUCUAAACGAUCCGGCAAAUGAAUUUUUUAUCGUUAGGGCACUUGAUAUUAAUGCACUUUCUUCAAGUUAUUGGUCGGAGAUGUAUAAGGUCAGAGUUGCGAAAGGCAAUUUAGGCACAGAAAGAUUUCUUUUGCCUUCUUUUCUCGAACCCUUAGUGGACCGCAUCCUGUUUUCUGGAAAGGCGCGGAAUUUGCUUAUGUCUUUAAAACUAAAAGAAGAAGAUACAAAUAAGUAUAGUUUAGAGUUUCAAUACAACCCAAAGGAAUUUGAUUGGGGCGUCGAAUCAUUGCCCUUGUUUGAUAUGUCUAUGAGCAACAAUAAAUUUGAUCCUUCGACUGAGUUCCCUUAUGAUUUCAACCAAGAUAGCGGAAUUAGAGACACGGAUAUGGAUAUUGAUGAAUUUGAUGAUAUUGAUCCUGAAGAAAGUCAAAUUAAUGAUAUUGGUCCUGAAGAAAGUCAAAUUUCAGGAGAGCUCGCUCAUUUAGAAGAGAAUCGAACUGAACAUUUUAAUUCAGAGGAGAGAGAAGCUAACAACAUUGAGAAAGGUGGAGAUCAAAAGGAGGCUGACGAAGGUUAUAAAAGAUUACUAGGGUUUAAAAACCUUUCAGACUUGAACGACAUAGUUGAUUUUUUCCCAAAGACGAUGUCUUCCUUAUUUUCUUUAUGGGAUCAGCCAACGAAAUCAAUAGAGAAAACCAAAGACACGGGAAGAAUGGACGACUUUACAUUAUUUCAGCCAUUCAAUGAGAGAUUAAAGGAGAGGUAUGACGAAUAUCUUCAACCAAGAUAUUUGCGUAUAGGUCAACAACUUUACAAUGCCUUGAUAGAUAGGAAUCAAAUGUGGUAUGAUACCUAUAUUCUUAGCGAUCUCUUUUUAAAUAUAUUGGGAAACUUCAAAUGGCUAGAUAAGAAUUUAAUCACCGUUUGGGUUGAUGACAAGUCAAACUCAAAACCAAAUAUCACCACGGUGAAAAUAUUUGAGAAAGUUGUUGUCGAGUACCAUGCCGUCCCAAUCCAUAAAUCAAUAUUAAAUGUACUGGACUUGACGAUUCAGUUUAGCACCCUAUAUACACGUUAUCAGGGGGAAAAUGUAUCAUUCUAUGACCAUUCACGAGACGAACGAUCAAGAAGGCAUAUCGAUGUUGACAACAAUUCGGACUCGGAUUCUGACUCGUUUUCUAUGGAUGAAGAAGAAGAUCAAUGGAACAAACCAGGAAGUGAUGGCGUCAGCCCACUUAUACCUGCACAGGUGGAUUAUGAUGCGUUUCUCGAAGGUCUAAGUAGAAUUGACAGGGAAUUCAACAGAAAUAAAGAGUUUGUGAGCAACUCUGUUCAGGGGAUUGCUAAAGUUGGUGGGUUUUGGUGGUUUGAUGCUUUGGCGUUGGCUUUGGGCUAG